AUGGGUAAUUGUAUCGCCUGCGUGAGGUUUGACCCGGAAAACUCAAAACAAACCCAGAACCCGAAGAAGAAACGACCCGAUCGGAAACGUAACCCGUACGACGAUCCCGAUGGUCUAAGAUCCCACGGGCCGAUACGCGUCCUCCCCGACGUGAUUCCGAUGAGUCAUCGGACUCAGAUCAGCGACAAGUACAUCCUAGGUCGAGAACUCGGUCGCGGAGAAUUCGGAAUCACAUAUCUCUGCACGGACCGGGAGACUCGUGAAGCUCUGGCUUGCAAAUCGAUCUCAAAGAGGAAGCUCCGGACCGCCGUCGACGUGGAGGACGUCCGUCGCGAGGUCACGAUCAUGUCCACCAUUCCCGAUCACCCGAACGUCGUGAAACUCAAGGCGACCUACGAGGACAACGAGAACGUGCAUCUGGUGAUGGAGCUCUGUGAAGGAGGCGAGCUUUUUGAUCGGAUCGUCGCCAGAGGACAUUACACCGAGCGUGCGGCGGCCACCGUCGCGAGAACCAUCGCCGAGGUCGUGAAGAUGUGUCACGUCAAUGGCGUUAUGCAUAGAGAUUUAAAGCCUGAGAAUUUCUUGUUCGCUAACAAGAAGGAGAACUCUGCACUUAAAGCCAUUGAUUUUGGCUUAUCCGUGCUCUUUAAACCUGGAGAGAGGUUUACAGAGAUUGUAGGGAGUCCAUAUUACAUGGCUCCAGAAGUGUUGAAGAGAAAUUAUGGACCGGAGGUUGAUGUGUGGAGCGCUGGAGUUAUCCUCUAUAUCUUGCUCUGUGGUGUUCCUCCGUUUUGGGCUGAGACUGAACAAGGUGUGGCUCUUGCAAUCUUGAGGGGAAAUCUUGAUUUUAAGAGAGACCCUUGGUCGCAGAUAUCCGAGAGCGCAAAGAGCCUUGUGAAGCAGAUGUUGGACCCUGAUCCCACUAAGCGUUUGACUGCUCAGCAAGUUCUUGAUCACCCUUGGAUUCAGAAUGCAAAGAAAGCUCCAAAUGUUCCUCUAGGGGAUAUCGUUAGGUCAAGGUUGAAGCAAUUCUCCAUGAUGAAUAGAUUGAAAAAGAAAGCUCUGCGCGUUAUCGCUGAGCACUUGUCUCUUCAAGAAGUUGAAGUGAUCAGAGACAUGUUUACACUGAUGGAUGACGACAACGACGGUAAAAUAACGUAUCCGGAACUCAGAGCUGGACUAAAGAAAGUCGGUUCACAAUUGGGCGAGCCAGAGAUCAAAAUGUUGAUGGAAGUGGCGGAUGUUAACGGAAAGGGAUGCUUGAACUAUGGAGAAUUUGUCGCAGUGAUAAUCCACUUGCAGAAGAUGGAGAAUGAUGAACAUUUCAGACAAGCUUUUAUGUUCUUUGACAAAGAUGGAAGUGGAUACAUCGAAUCAGAUGAACUACGGAAAGCUUUAACCGACGAGUUGGGUGAGCCAGACAAUAGCGUUCUACUCGAUAUAAUGCGAGAAGUUGAUACUGACAAGGAUGGAAAAAUAAACUAUGAUGAAUUUGUGGUGAUGAUGAAAGCUGGUACCGAUUGGAGAAAAGCAUCAAGACAAUACUCAAGAGAGAGAUUCAAAAGCUUAAGCUUAAACUUGAUGAAAGAUGGGUCAUUGCAUCUCCACGACGCACUCACUGGACAAUCUGUUGCCGUUUGAUCUUUACGUUUGUUUAUCACCUAAACAGAAGCAAUCUGAUGGCUGUGUUUUCCUCUGUUCAAGAAGAAGGAGGUUUUUAUUUACUGGGAUUCUUCGUAUGUAAUUUUUGUCUUACUUCACUUUGCUUCUAAAGAUUCUUUUUUUUUGGUUUGGGAAGUUGAAAAUUUGUAAGUUACGGGCUUAGUUUAGGCAUUUCCACUGGAGAAUGAAUGUAUUUGUACGUAAUGUUUGUUUAAUUGUUAUAAAGCUUCUUUCUGA